AUGCCGGUCGUAAAAGGCGGUGUUUGGACAAAUAUCGAGGACGAAAUCGUCAAGGUUGCGGUCUCCAAGUAUGGGCUGAACCAAUGGGCUCGAGUUUCCUCGCUUCUUGCGCGCAAAACACCAAAACAGUGCAAAGCUAGAUGGUCAGAAUGGCUGGAUCCAGCUAUUCGAAAGAUCGAGUGGUCCAAGGAGGAGGACGAAAAACUGCUUCAUUUGGCUAAAUUGAUGCCCACGCAAUGGCGAACUAUUGCGCCUAUUGUUGGACGAACAGCUACGCAGUGUUUGGAAAGAUAUCAAAAGCUCUUGGAUGAAGCUGAGGCGCGGGAGUCAGAUGAACUUGGCCUUGGUGGACCUGCUGGCGGCGAGGCUGCUGCUCCCAGUGCAGACGACGUUAGGAGACUACGACCAGGAGAACUAGACCCCGAUCCCGAAUCCAAGCCUGCGCGCCCUGAUACCAUCGACCUUGACGAGGAUGAAAAGGAAAUGCUUAGCGAAGCACGAGCGCGUCUGGCCAACACUCAGGGUAAGAAAGCGAAGCGCAAAGCAAGAGAACGUCAGCUCGAGGAAUCGCGUCGACUCGCAGUCCUACAAAAACGAAGGGAACUUAAAAAUGCCGGAAUCAACGUCAAGGUUGUUACCCGUAAGCCAGGCCAGAUGGAUUAUAAUGCAGAUAUUCCGUUUGAAAAGGCGCCGGUCCCUGGCUUUUACGAUACUCUUGAUGAACAAUCGAAAAAUGAACGGCAGCGUGCUAGCUUCGACCCCCGAAAACUGCAGCUCGCAAGUAAGCGAAAGGGUGAACCAGAUGAAGACGAUGAGAGGAAGCGGAGGAAGAAUGAAAAGAAUGGCCCCUCUUCUGCCUUUGCGGCCGCCGCCAAAGCAGGUCAGAUGCAGCGAAUCCGUGAGGCAGAGCAGAGCAGCAAACGGCGCGCACUUGUUCUCCCAAGCCCUCAAGUCGGGGAAACUGAACUAGAAGAGAUCGUUAAGAUGGGGAUGGCUGGAGAGCGUGCGAGUCGAAUGGCCGGUGAAGAUGGGAGCGAAGGGACUCGAGGACUUGUCGGUAACUAUUCGAAUAUUGUUGGGAACACACCAAUCCGAACUCCCAGAGCACCGCCGGAAGAGGAUCGUAUCGCGAACGAAAUCCGGAAUAUUAGGGCCUUGACAGAAACUCAGUCGUCUCUCCUUGGCGGCGAAAACACUCCUCUACAAGAAGGGGGUGGUUCAACUGGAUUUGAGGGUAUAGCGCCUCGUCAACACCAGAUGGUCACUCCAAACCCCAUGGCCACACCGUUCCGACAAGGAAUGGGCAAUGCAACCGGCGCGACUCAUAUGCGUGGGCCGGGUGCAACACCAUUACGAACACCCAGGGAUAACCUCAUGAUUAACCCAGAAACCGGCGAUCCUUAUCAGCUUGUUGGCAGUACGCCCAAGGAGAUUAAAAUGCGAGAAAGCUUCGCCCGACGCAGCCUAAAAUCUCAGCUUUCUAGCUUACCCAAGCCAAAGGAGACUGAAUGGGAGCUGGAGGAAAUGCCAUCUGAGAAGCCUGUGCCGGCAGCCUCUACUGAAAUCUCGGAAGAAGACGCUUCAGAGCGUGAUAUGAGAAACAGGCUUGCGGCUGAGAAGGCAGCGGAAGUGGAAUUCAAACGACAGACGAGGGUUUAUAGGGAAGGCUUCCCUCGCCCGACCUCAGUCAACAUUAAGCACCUGAUGGAGGAGGCUGAUAAGGUCGACGAUCCCAGCCGUAGACUCAUCGCCCGUGAGAUGGCUAGACUCAUUGCCAACGAUGCUCGAAAGUUCCCGUUGCCAGGCUCUAAGGUUGAAGGAAAGGCACCGAAACUAGAAUUCCUAGAUGAUGAUCUUCUAGCGAAAGCAAGGGAAGAAAUCAUAGCAGAAGCGGGUAAGCUUGACACCCAGCAGCAAUGGAUUGAAGGCUUCAGCUCGUCAUGGUCAACCAUCCAUGAGUCCGCUUCUGCUUUGCCUGGACUCUCCCUCUAUGACGACGACGAGGAGGAUAAGCGGUUCCAGCAACAACAGCAAGAAAUGUCCCGUGCAUUUGAUACUGUCCAAGCUAGCCUGCUGCAGGCCGCUGAGCAGGGCAACAAGCUGGAGAAGAAAGUCGCCCUACACUUUGGCGGGUAUCAAGCCCGAGCAAAGACACUGCGAAACAAGAUCAUACAAGCCAGCGAGGCCCUUAACAAAGCUACAAUCGAGCUAGACUCAUUCCGCACCUUGCAGAUUGCAGAGGAUGCAGCUAUCAGUCUGCGCCUUGAGAGCAUCCGAGACGAGGUCACCUUCGUCACCAGACGAGAACGCGAGGCACAGGAACUGUACAGGGCAAGGAAGGAUGAACUGGACUCUCUGAGUAGCGGGAUGAAUGGAUGGCAUUAA